CAGCUCCGCCCUCGCCGGCCCCGCUCUGCCUGCCGGCGGGGCGCGCCUUGUGGCCCAGGCCCGGAACCCUCCCCGGCCGCGCGCCCUAUGUAAGGCCGGCCGCGGCGGGACCAAAGCGACCAAGGCGGCAGUGUCAGCUCGCGAGCCUACCCUCGGCGGACGGUCUUGGGUAGCUCGCUGCCAGGCUCGCCCGGUAGGUUGCGGGUGCCCCGCGCGCACGCGCAAAGCCCUCCGCGUCCCGCGAUCCCAGGCCGCGCUCUGUGGGCCUCUGAGGGCGGCAUGCGGGACUACGACGAGGUGACCGCCUUCCUGGGCGAGUGGGGGCCUUUCCAGCGCCUCAUCUUCUUCCUGCUCAGCGCCAGCAUCAUCCCUAAUGGCUUCACCGGCCUGUCCUCCGUGUUCCUGAUAGCGACCCCGGAGCACCGCUGCCGGGUGCCGGACGCCGCGAACCUAAGCAGCGCCUGGCGCAACCACAGUGUCCCACUGCGGCUGCGGGACGGCCGCGAGGUGCCCCACAGCUGCCGCCGCUACCGGCUCGCCACCAUCGCCAACUUCUCGGCGCUCGGGCUGGAGCCGGGGCGCGAUGUGGACCUGGGGCAACUGGAGCUGGAGAGCUGCCUGGAUGGCUGGGAGUUCAGCCGGGACGUCUAUCUGUCCACCAUUGUGACUGAGCAAGACAGUGGGGCCCACAAUGCUAUGAAAAACAGGAUGGGGAGGAAGCCUGCUCUCUGCCUUCCUGCCCAGUGGAACCUGGUGUGUGAGGACGACUGGAAGGCCCCACUCACGAUCUCCUUGUUCUUCGUGGGUGUGCUGUUGGGCUCCUUCGUUUCAGGGCAGCUGUCAGACAGGUUUGGCCGGAAGAAUGUGCUGUUCGUGACCAUGGGCAUGCAGACAGGCUUCAGCUUCCUGCAGAUCUUCUCAAAAAACUUUGAGAUGUUUGUCGUGCUGUUUGUCCUUGUAGGCAUGGGCCAGAUCUCCAACUAUGUGGCAGCAUUUGUCCUGGGGACAGAAAUUCUUGGCAAGUCAGUUCGUAUAAUAUUCUCUACGUUAGGAGUAUGCAUAUUUUAUGCAUUUGGCUACAUGGUGCUGCCACUGUUUGCUUACUUCAUCCGAGACUGGCGAAUACUGCUGGUGGCACUGACGAUGCCGGGGGUGCUGUGCGUGGCACUCUGGUGGUUCAUCCCUGAGUCCCCUCGAUGGCUCAUCUCUCAGGGACGAUUUGAAGAGGCAGAGGUGAUCAUCCGCAAGGCUGCCAAAGCCAAUGGAAUUGUUGUGCCUUCCACCAUCUUUGACCCAAGUGAGUUACAAGACCUAAGUUCCAAGAAGCAGCAGUCCCACAACAUUCUGGAUCUGCUUCGAACCUGGAAUAUCCGGAUGGUCACCAUCAUGUCUAUAAUGCUGUGGAUGACCAUAUCAGUGGGCUAUUUCGGGCUUUCCCUUGAUACUCCUAACUUGCAUGGGGACAUCUAUGUGAACUGCUUCCUUUCAGCGGUGGUUGAAGUCCCAGCAUACGUGUUGGCCUGGCUGCUGCUGCAAUAUUUGCCCCGGCGCUAUUCCAUGGCCACUGCCCUCUUCCUGGGUGGCAGUGUCCUUCUCUUCGUGCAACUGGUACCCCCAGACUUGUAUUAUUUGGCUACAGUCCUGGUGAUGGUGGGCAAGUUUGGAGUCACGGCUGCCUUUUCCAUGGUCUACGUGUACACAGCUGAGCUGUAUCCCACGGUGGUGAGAAACAUGGGUGUGGGAGUCAGCUCCACAGCGUCCCGCCUGGGCAGCAUCCUGUCUCCCUACUUUGUUUACCUUGGUGCCUACGACCGCUUCCUGCCCUACAUUCUCAUGGGAAGUCUGACCAUCCUGACAGCUAUCCUCACCUUGUUUCUCCCAGAGAGCUUCGGUACCCCACUCCCAGACACCAUUGACCAGAUGCUAAGAGUCAAAGGAAUGAAACACAGAAAAACUCCAAGUCCCACAAGGAUGUUAAAAGAUGGUCAAGAAAGGCCCACAAUCCUUAAAAGCACAGCCUUCUAACAUAGCUUCCAGUAAGGGAGAAACUGAAAAGGAAAGACCGUCUUGCCAGAAAUGGCCAGCUUGUGCAGACUCCAAGUCCUUCAGUGACAAAGGCCUUUGCUGUUUAUCCUCUUGAUCUGUGUCUGACUUGCUCAUGGAUGGGCACCCACACUCAGAGGCUACAUAUGGUCCUAGAGCACCACCUUCCUCUAGGGACACUGUGGCUACCUAUAGACAACUUCAUCUAAGUCCUAUUAUAAUGACGGACUCAGCACCUCCGAAGAAGUUAAUUUUUCACUAGAACCAGUGAGAUCUGGAGGAAUGUGAGAAGCAUACGCUAAAUUUACAUUUUAAUUUUAGACUACUUGAAAAGGCCCCUAAUAAGGCUAGAGGUCUAAGUCCCCUGCCCCUUUUCCCACUCCCCUCUAAUGGUGAACUUUAGAGGAAAAGGAAGUAAUUGCACAAGGAGUUUGAUUCUUACCUUUUCUCAGUUACAGAGGACAUUAACUGGAUCAUUGCUUCCCCAGGGCAGGAGAGCGCAGGGCUAGGGAAAGUGAAAGGUAAUGAAGAUGGAGCAGAAUGAGCAGAUGCAGAUCACUGGCGAGUGCAUUGAUGUGUGAGCUCUUAGACCACUCAGCAUGAUGACUGAGUAGACUUGUUUACAUCUGAUCAAAGCACUGGGCUUGUUCAGGCUCAUAAUAAAUGCACCAUUGAAUCUACUAUUCUUGUUUUCCACUGCUAUGGAAACCUCCUUGCUACUAUAGCGUUUUAUGUAUGGUUUAAAGGAAGUUUAUCAGGUGAGAGAGAUGAGCAACCUUGUCUUUUCUCUCAAAGCUGUAACAUGGGUUUUAUUGUUUAUUUGUUUGUUGUUGUAUUCUUUUCUCCUUAAGUUAUUUGCCCUUCAGAAUACACUUGGGAAAGGCUGGUUCCUUAGUCUGCUGGUUUGUGUCUUUUUUUUUUUUUAAACACAGAAUCACUCUGGCAAUUGUCUGCAGCUGCCACUGGUGCACGGCCUUACCAGCCCUAGCCUCUAGCACUUCUCUAAGUGCCAAAAACAGUGUCAUUGUGUGUGUUCCUUUUUUGAUACUUAAUCAUGGGAGGAUAUUACAAAGAAGAAAUUUAAAUUGUGUUCACGGUCUUUCAGAGUAGCUCACUUUAGUCCUGUAACUUUAUUGGGAGAUAUUUUGUGUUCAGUGUAAUUGUCUUCUCUUUGCCGAUUAUGUUACCAUGGUACUCCUAAAGCAUAUGCUUCACCUGGUUAAAAAAGAACAAACAUGUUUUUGUGAAAGCUACUGAAGUGCCUUAGGAAAUGAGAAAGUUUUAAUAAGUAAAAUGAUUUUUUAAAUAACA